GUCGCAGGUGAAACGUUCUCUUGGAUAGAAUCGGCCGCUCAGUCGCGCUCGCGCGAUCGCGUACGACGAUAAUUUAACUGCGCACGCGCGCGUGCCGGAAUAACAAUACGAAUACGUCGGGAAAGACUCGUUUUCUCUCUUGGUCUCUUGGUUGUGUGUCAAUCGUCAUAUAUAUAUAUAUCGUAUGUGCGUGUGUCAGAUUGUUGGAAUCCUUUAACUCGAUCCUUUUAGUCAAAAUUCGAAAGGUCGUUGGUUCUUGUUUUGGCCGAAGAACAAGCAGGAUUCAUAGAUAAGAGGUCACUGCGCCAUGUGGCUGCCUUAGCGUGGUGAGACCGAAAGGAGAGACGAGGAAAGCGUAGGAGUUAGCCUGGGAAGGACAGCUCUAACAGUCACGAUGCUGUCGAGGUAUACAGCCCUGCUGUUCUGGCUGGCAGUGCCAUCGAUUGUCCUGGCACAGAGUAACUAUGCGUCGCAGGGUAACAGCAUCGAGUAUCAGCCUGGACUACCACCGAGCACUGUUCUCGAUGGCAAGGUUACCAAGUUGGACGAUAUUUCUCCUAUAAUAUUUCUCAAUCGAACAAAGGCAUACUUGAAUUGCGGUCAGGGUAGCAUGGACGUCGAGCUAAAGUUCGAGGAACCUUUUUACGGCGUCGCUUACGCGGACUUCGAUCGAAACAGCGCUUGUAUGGUGAAAGGUCGUGGACUGACAAAUGCUAAAUUGGAAUUACCACUGAAAGGAUGUGGUACCAGACAAGAUCCGCAACGAGUGUUCACCAACAAUAUAGUCGUACGCUUUCAUCCUGGCCUCGAGAUGGAUGGUGAUGAAGUUAUCACUAUAAUUUGUAGAUAUCCUCCACCGAUAGCACCGGCACCACCGGCUCCACCUGCUAGCAUCAGAAUGGGUACCAUAGCGCCAGCAGCCGUGGCAGAACCACCAUUGAAAGGAUUCCAAAUCCUUUUGAUAAUCUGCGCUAUUUUGUUUCUAUCGUUAUUACUGCUUGGGCUUGGAUGCUCGUACAUGUGCCUGAAACGUAGAAAUGUACAAGUGGUUCAUCGCCAUCCAUUUGGUAGUGGUACCGGUUCCGAGAUAACAAAAUUAUCUGGUUCCUCGCUAAGCAACAUAACUAUGUUCGAGGGCCUUAAAAUCCCACGCGCGCACGCUCUUCUUCACACGACCGCUGCCUCCACAUCUGGCAGCGAAGCGAACUUGGUCAUCGACCAUUCCGAUACGUUACCAAGCGAUUAUCCCAGCGAAAGUCACUCCGAGCUUUAUUACGUUCACCAGGUGGACGAGGAACGUUCGCUUCCGGUUUCCUCGGCUGGUUCCUACGACAACAAAGCGUUCGUGCAUCAUCACGAGACUCAACGGCAAGUGGAAGUACGUACGGCCAGUUCGUUGUAUUCCGAAACAGUAGCCGCCGAAGUAGGAACAUCGUCGAUGAUGGCUGCUAACGCAUCGCGCGUCGCCGUUCCUCGUCAUCCGAUCGCAGUCCCGAUCGAGCCGAAAUUCGAUGUUCAAAUGCGAGUGAAAAGAGCACCACCACCUCCACCUAGUCCUCUGCCAUCCGAAUCCGACGUGGCCAGUAUCGCUCUUGAGAGAAACCUGACGACUAUCUUGGAAAGAGAAGAAUCUAUUAUGAGUCGAACGUUGGAGAGUCCGCCACCAAGAAUGACCACUUUCUCUUACGUACCGGAACUGCACGGGCCACCAGGAGCUACCUCGUCCACGUCGACCGUGUCUCGACAACAAACACCUCCGGUUUACUCUAGAAUCUUAAGAAAGCAAGCGGAAAGAGAGACGACCACCAGCACAACGUUGAUGCAAGAAAGAAUUCCUUCGCCACCACCUGCCGAACAAUUACCUAUUCUCCAUCACGAGAUUCGUCGUCCACGAUCCCUGACAUCUCUGAACACCGAGUUAACGGAGACUCGUUCUCUAACGGAAGUGAUGGAUCAGUCUCACGCCAAGUACAGAGUAGCCAGCAUUCUUGCACCCACACCACCACCACCUCCACCGAUCGUACCCACGACCACGACGACUCACACAGCGAUCCAACAUCGUGAACAACGUCUCCAUCGUGAGGAAAUGACGGAACCUCUUGUGGAAGCCCAAGUGGUAACACCAAGACGUCCAGAAAUAACGACUCACGAAGUGGACGACGUUUACUUGCGUACCGUUACCGAGAAGAAAACGAUCGAAGACGUAGAACGUCAUCGCCGACAAGUUACCGAGUACCGUGCUCGACCACAGCAACAAGUCGAUCCUAAAUGGGACGUUACAAUCAGAAACUAUCCAACGGAAGACCUUCCUCCGCCGCCGCCAGAAUGGGAAAGCUUCUCCGACGUUAGUUCCACGUCGAAUUUAACGAUCACGAACGAACCCACGGUUCAUCCGAACGACGUUGCAAACGACGAGGAACCGGACGUCAGUAUAGAACCAACUUAUACGGCUCGAGCAGAGAUACCCUGCAGACCAUCUCAUUCGGCUCAUCGUCGACCACUCGACAGCGAGCCGGACGGACCGACGGACUGGUUUGCCAGACUCUCGAAGGUCCUUGAGCCACGCUAUGCGUCGGAAUUGACGGAAGAAGAGCGAGCUAAAUGGCGCGAGAUUAUCACGACUGAGAGUACUCUGAGAACUCUUCUAACAGAAGCAGUAGUUAGAGAAGAUUACGAACUGAUACGAAAGGACGCGAGGUACACGAAUCUCUUCCCACCGGCAAAGUGGGACGUGAUCAUUCGCAUUCUUGGACCGCCUUUGGCACAGGCUGGUUCUACCUCAUCCUCUAGCAUGCACGGCAAGAAUCACGGUCAGAGAUACAAGAGAUCCAAAUCCUCCGAAUGGGACACCAGGUCUCGAAGAUCCUCUUUGCCGACCCUGUACGAGUACGAGAGCGACGGUGGUAGCUCGCAUCGUAGUUUGGACAAUCAGAGCCAUCGUCUACAGACGUCGCAAUCAGCGGCGACGAUGGCAGCCGGCUCGAACGUAGGACGUCUUCGUCGAUUGGGUAGUUCAAGUCACAGAGGCGUCGGUGGUGGUAGCGAAGCCGAUUUGAGGUCAAUGUCCGAGAUGACGGUGAGAGACUUCGCUAGAGUGGACAGGGACGAUCUUACGAGUUUGAGCUCCUUCGAAGGUGCGGAUUCUUUGGUCAGAUCUCUCAGUCAACCGAGUUUGGCUAGAUCCGGCUCGGAAUUCACCGAACAUUGGGGUAUGCCAUCCGCCAUCUUAGAUCUUCCACCUUGGGCUACCGAAGGAGAGGAAGGUGCGAGUUCCGUAGAGACAACUCCAAGAGUCGUUAGGAGAGGCGAUCGAAUCGAGGUUCUCGCUUCGUUCGAUGAACGUAGACGAAGCGGCGUACACGGCUCUACCGCAGCAAGGUCAUCCAGUCGAUUCAUCGAAAGAGAAAUAAGCAGCGUUCGCAUGACCGAGAGUCAGAGAGCUUCCAAUUGGUUUCACGAUGACUCCGAGCCCGAGAUGCAGAUAUGAGUUUGAUGAUGUUUCGCUCCUCGAGAAUCGAAAUCUCGAUUGUUCGUUUUGAUCGUUCCGUGACUCGGUCUCGUUCUCGUUCAGAAAAUAUAAACUUGACGAACCGGUCUCUCGAUCGCCACGAGAUACGACGACGGUCACGAUAUCAGCCGUCUUUCGACUGUGCCGUCUUUGCAUUUAGUUCUCCAAUAUCUUUUUUGCACUUCUUCCUUGCGUACUUCGUCUUUUCCUUCCUUUCUAGAAUCUUUUCUCUCUUUUUAUAUUAAUUCACUUACCUCUUUCUCUUAUCACCCAUUCUCCUACGUAAAUUUCAUGUAACUUUAAAUGGAUAUGAAGUCAGAGAUAGAGAGAGGGAGAGAGUUAGCUAGACUAGCGAGAGGAUGGAUACACUCGAAUUAUCAGCCAUCCACUUGCGAUUUCUCUCACUGCCCCUUCGUUGCCUCGCACUCGAGGAUAGCCCUUUUGCCUCCUCGUGGAGCUUCCAAAGGAAUCUCCUUCUAAUUUCGAAUUUCUAAUUCACCGCGAUACAUGCCGUACAGUCUCAUCUCUGUUCAAGUCGUGAACCGCACUGACGCUACAAACGACUGCCGUUCUCUUCACUCUCCACUCGAAACUUCUCUCCGCGUAAGGGUCGACUGCUAUAUAGGUAAAUAGGUAGCUUAGGGUUUUACAUAGCAACCACUGUAUACCACGCCGACCGUAACUAACGAGUGGGACUGCAGAGUCCGGCAAAGUGUCAUCGAAUUCAUCUCUUCGUAGUACGACGAAAAAUCGAACUACGAUUGUUCGAUAGUUCGCACGGCCUCUUUUAUCCUACAGAUAGGAAGAGAGAAAGAAAGAGAAAGAGAAAGACAGAGAGAGAGAGAGAGAGAGAGAGAGAGAGAGAGGAAGGGAGACAGAGCGCCUAAUAUCGAAAAUUAAUAAAGUAGAAUCGAUACUAAAGCGAAGAAGUUCAUUUAUCGAUUAAUCGAUCGUACACAACUCGUCUUCUUUGAAUUCCUUGAUAAUAAUCUACGGAUCGGAACGCGAGAUUCGUACAUCUGUACUACAUAAAAUCCUACUUUCGUCAUAUCCUACGGAAAUUUAUAAUUAUUAUUGUUAUCAACACUGUUUCUUUUCAUUUAUUAACGAAACGAUGGAUAUCCUUCGUGUUUCCAUGAAAGAUGGUUUUUAAAAUCGUGAAACGCAUUACGUAUUUCGUAUGAAUCUUAUAAAAAUACUCUCUCCCUAUAUAUAUAUAUAUAUAUAUAUAUAUAUAUAUAUAUAUAUAUAUAUAUCGUUGGUGUAAGUGUAUCCCCGCGGCAGAGAAUAUUCCAGGACAGUUUCGCAGACACUUUGGAACACACGGCUGCAUUGUCCCGAUGCCAGUCAAACUUUUCUCCUUCUACCACAAAAUUCUUUUAAGCAUUCUAUCAAACAAGACAAGUCUCGAAGAGAUGCGUCAGGAGCACAAAGUGGAUGCUGUAGAUCUUUUUUAUUCUCUCUCUCUCUCUCUCUUCUCUUUGUGAAGGAGGAUAAAAAGGAAACACUUAACAAAUUCCAAAAUAUUUCAUUAUAAACUGUAAAUAUAUGUUACGUAACUUUCCUUGUACAGCGACAACUUCAGUAAUGUUAGAACAUUUUUAAAGAAAGAGAGACAGAGAGAGAGAGAGAGAGAGAGAGAGAGAGAGAGAGGAAGUAGGAUUUUAUAACGUAAAACAUAGGUGAGCAAAUAGUGACUCGCGGGCCUUACGCGGCUUUUGCCCCUAAAUUCUAUUAUUUGAUAUCGCCGUGCCAUGUGCUGGCUUUUGUUUUUGUUUUUUCUGUUUUCUCUGUUUUUAAACAUGAAAUGAUGGCUAGUGAACUUAAAUAAUGGGGUAACGGAUUGAUUGAUGGUGCAGACUGUGCGGCCCGCGGCGAAGAAAUUGCCCACUUAUGACAUAGAAAAUCCGUGAACGCAUAUCGGUUAACACCGACGAUACGGCUGCGAUAAUAAUCUACUUAAGUAGGUAAUGAAACAUACGGUGCUGGGUCAUACGCUUCGUAACGAUAGCUAGAUUUUUCCCUUACCCCUUUUAUUUUUUGUUUUUUUAUUUUUUUGAAGAAACCCUUAACUUAACUAUUCAUUUCCCUGCCCUCCACCUUUUAAAAAUUAAUCCACUCAUUUCGUAUAUCGUUUUUACGACGAUAUAUCUGCGCUAUAGUUAGGCUUCAUUGAAGAUUUAAAAGCAUUUCAUUACACGUAACUACCUAUCAUUAAUUUACAUUUUACAAACGUUUUAUUUCGACUCACAUAAGAUAAUUUCUCUCUUUAAUGGAGAUCAACUUUAAUCCUAUGUGGCACUUUUCAAGAGACGAUUACGAUUGAUAAUGCAAAACGAUGGCGAUUUCUUUUUGUCCAGAGAAAUCUUCUUUAAAGAGAGAAAGAAAGAGGCAGACAGAGAGAAAAGGUGUAUAAAAAGUUUUGUCGUCGAUGAAGUUAUUGAUGGGCCAAAUUCGAUGAUUUUUUUUUCGAAAUCGAUCUCUUAAAGAAAAUUACGCGAAUAAGAAGCUGCUCUCUUGCCGAAAAUUUUGGUGGGGUGAAACAGGUGCUACCGCGAUGUAAAUAUCGAAAAGAAGAGCGAAUCGAUCGUGAGAUCGGUCGAUUGUAAGUGAAUAGAAAAAAUAGAAAGAACAAGAAAAAAAAGAGAAAGAGAGAAUAAAAACAUGCGUCUCGUCGUCCCUUUUCAAGCAAUGAUUAAUGGACGAUUAUGUUCAUUAAAUAAUAGUAAGAAUUUCCGGAUACUUUCGUGUCAAUGUUAAUGUAUUUACUUAAAUAAAUUAAGAGCGAGGCGAGAUCACUUUCGUUGUCUUCCGUUCGUCGUCGUUCGUAUGGACUCUCCUUUUAAGAAAAGUACUCGCUCGAUGUAUCGACAUUUUUAUUGCCGAAUAAACUUUAACGAUGCUUUUACUA